AUGGCAACUACUCUUCCCGAUUUAUGCCUUCAUAGAAUAUUCGAUUUCAUCAGUUUGGACCAAGAGACACACGCAUCUACUCUUCACUCUUCAGUCUUGGUAAACCGUCACUGGUGUCAUUCUCUAAUCUCCCUCCUCUGGAAAGACCCGUUCGGGCUCGCAAUUAAUGCAACCUCAAGAAAACGUCUCAUCAAGUCAUACAUAUCUUUUCUACCGAACGAUGAACAACAAACCUUUUAUACCCUCAUUACAUGCAACGACCACCUACAAUCCAACAAGAACAAUGCGCCUAGCUUUGAUUACUUUGCAUUCCUUCGUACAUUCUCUGUGACUGCUAUAAUGGAGGCAGUAAACCUGAUUGCGAAUGACAAUUGGACUCCAAUGAGUUAUCGAUACAUUGUAAAGACAUUGAGUCGGCAAUUCAUGACUCGAUCGCCGGUCAUUCUCAACACGGAAUUGUCGCUCGGAGGACUGGGUGCUCUUGAAAAGUGGGACGGUCAAUUAUGGAUGUUGCGAGGAAAUCUGCGGACACUCAAACUCAACGGUAAAUUCCUUCCGGACGUGUUGGUGUCGGCUGCAAAAGUUGCCAGAAAUAUCGAGGAACUGGAUGUGGGAUUCGAUGGAUUCGACGAAGAAGAUGACAUUAACAGAUGGUUGCAGCCAUUGUCGCAGUUGAUUAGAGCUCAAAAGAAAUUGCGUUCGUUUUCGCUUAAUAUCGGUCAAUGUGACGUCCGUGCUCUUGCACAGGUGUUUACUGCACUGCAGGGCUGCGCCAAGAGUUUGUUGUCUGUCAGGAUGGUUAAUGUUGAUUUCCAAGGAUAUCCUAUACUAGAUGCUCUCUCGAAAUGCGGCAAUCUAUCAUCCUUGGUGUUUGACGGGUGUGCAAACCUGCCCGAAACAUUGAACAUUAACGAAUGUGCCGGUGCCUUUUAUAAAUUGAAAAAUUUAGAGUUGACUCGCAUGUUGGUUCCUUCCUCUAUGCUACAAUCUCUUUUAUCUCAAUCCAACGGUGCUAUCCACACCAUAAUCUUCUCCGGUCUUAUUUCUGGUGACCUUAUGCUCACCAAUUUCUUCGAUUUACUUGCAACGUUCUGCCCCAAUCUUCAUAAAUUGAGCGUGUUUGUUCGUCACGAAUCCAUUUACAAUCUACUAUCACAUCUUGGAUCAUGGCCUCAAUUGGAGCAAUUGGAAAUCAAUGGUGGGAUUUGCAUAUCCAAUGUGUAUACCGAAGUGGACGAUUUGAUGCCUUUGUUUGGGAAGGCGGUUCCUUCUACAUUGCAGAGGUUGGAAAUAAGGAUAAACUGGGAAUUUUCUCCUGAAGCGUUGAGGGGAUUCUUUGAAAAUUGUACUGCUUCAUUAGAACAUUUGAAUUUAGAGUGGUGUAAGCUGAGCGAUGAGCAUAUCGAUCAGAUAGUCAAACAUUGUAAUGGGAGGUUAAAGUAUUUGAAUAUCGAGAAUGCGGUCGAUGUUACUUGGGAUGGAUACAAGAAGGCAAUAGAUAAUAUCAAAGUGGUCAGAUUAUCAUCAAAAACGCGAACUAUGUAA